UAAGCAUUUUAGGGCGUUAUCACAGUGCGUGUCUGUAGAAAGUGUCAGGAAUUGUGAAAUUAGAAGCUGAAUUGUGCCAAUACAGAUAUCAUUUGAAGAGGAAAAGCUGCGGAAUGGAAGGCUCGAGUUCGAAAGAGAAGAGAAAAGAUCAGAAAUCUUCCCAGGAUCACGUUGUGCGCGCGAGCAAGAAAAUGUGGUUAUAUCGGGAGAAUGAAACGCUUUGCGACGUGAUUCUGAUCGCUGGAGAAGAUAAGCAGAGAAUCUCCGCCCAUCGCGUUGUCCUGUCAGCGGCUUCUGAUUACUUCGAAGCAAUGUUCACGGGAGACUUCCGGGAGUCUCGGGAAGAAGAAGUGAUUCUGAACGAGAUUCCCGGAGACGAUCUUCGGCGUCUGGUGAAGUUCUGCUACACAGGAGAAUUAGAACUGAGCGAGGAAAGUUCUGUGGAAUCCGUGAAGACGCUCAUGAGCUCGGCAAAUCUCCUUCAAUUGAAAAGCGUGGUAAGAGAUUGCGGUGCUUUCCUGAAACGUUAUCUGCAUUCCUCAAACUGCCUGGGAAUCGCUGUGUUUGCCGAUCAGCACAGUUGUGACGCUCUUCUUGAAGCGGCAAGGAAGUACGCUAACCAGCAUUUUCUCGAAGUGUGCAAGAAGCAGGAGUUCCUUCAGAUCUCCGCCGUGCAACUGGGCAAAUUGCUGGCCAGCGAUGAUCUCAACGUGCCAUCUGAGGAAGACGUCUUCCGUGCGUUGCUGGCGUGGUUUCAGCAUGCUUCUAAGGAGCGGAAGGUUUACAUUCCCGAUCUUUUGGUGCUCAUUCGACUUCACCAUCUUUCUCCCGAGUUUAUCGUCGAUCAGGUGAAGCCGCUGUGCGAGAGCAGGAAUUGCCUGGAUUUGGUGACGAAAGCUUUUGAGUGGAAACUCAUUCCGGAACGCCGUGAUCUGAUGCCCAACCAGAAGUCUCGUCGAUCAGGAAAAGGAAAGUUGUUGGCUGUGAUUAGGGAUAAUAGCAGGAGUCGUUAUGUCCUCAGAUCGUAUUGUCCUGAAACCAAGCAGUGGACACUUGAGACGGAAUUUAUGAUCGGUCGGAAUAAUUGUAGCACAGUUCUUGCGAACAACAAUAUAAUUUUCAUUGGAGGGUAUGAAGGAGGAGCUUCAAAGAAAGUGGACAGUUUUGAUAUCAAAACCAAGACACUAAAAUCCCUCUCACCAAUGAAUUACUAUCGCCGUUUCUGCUGUGCUGCAGUUCUGGAUGGAUUUCUCUAUGUGUUUGGUGGCGAAGAUAGUAAAAACAAAAGCCUGAACAACACAGUGGAGCGAUUGGAUCUGAGCAGCGGAAUCUGGAACAUGGAAACUCCGAUGCAGACUAAGCGAAGCGAGGCUGGAGUCGCAGCCUUCGAAGGACGAUUGUUCGUGAUCGGCGGACUCGCUGAGAAGAAUCAAUGUCUUAAUUCUGUUGAGCGGUACGAUCCGCAAACGAAGGAGUGGAGCUUCAGGGCUUCCAUGGAGAAACGACGAUCUUUUCUUGGAGUGACAGCAACCAGAGACUACAUCUAUGCUUUCGGCGGGUAUGACCACGAGAAUAGAGCGUUAUCAUGCGUGGAGAGAUACGAUCCCAGGGCAAAUUUGUGGACUAUCGUGGCGUCGCUCAAUAUUUCUGAUUGGAUUAGAUCUGUUCUUGUGGGAGAGAAAAUUCUAUGUGCUACAAUGCCUUCAGGGAAAGUUGUGCAAUUCGAUCCGGAAAACAACACUUCGUCUGAAUUUCCGAAAUUGGAUAUUCCAUCAGGUCAUUCUUUUAAUAAUCUUUUUUACAACACUGACAACUGAUGCGCUCAACAAGCACAAU